UCAAAUGUGUCAAAUUUUCAGCACAGAAUUUAUGACUUUUCGCCUCUUUAUUCUACAUUAAUUCCUUUUAUUCUAUUUCUCUCUCUCUAUCUCUCAGUUCUACUAUCCGCAGUGCCUUCCUCCUGUUAUUAUUAAGUACAUGUGUUUGGUUGUUUGGUCUUAUGGCUGUUAAUAACAGUAUCCUGGCGUUCCACUACCUGUUCAUUGUCCUCUGUUGCGUACAGGGAUUGGCUGUACUGUUGGUUUUUACUAUCCUGAACUCUGAGGUGCAGGAGGCCUGGAAACUGGCCUGUCUGGGCAAGAAAAGCCCCAGUGAAGAAGCUCCCAGACCUCCACAGAUCACAGGCCAAAAUCCAUACAACAGCGCCUCCCUGCUGGAGCAGAGCGGAUUACACCGGAUCACACUCGGAGCUUCAACCAUCUCAUCAGUCAGCAGUGCCAGGGAGAAUCUCUUGGCACGGCAGACUCUAGAACACACUCUUGGUCACACAGGGGCCACUGACCUGGACGUGGCAAUGUUUCACCGCAACGGAGGUGAGGACUCAGACUCAGAUUCUGAUCUCUCACUGGAAGAGGAGCGGAGUUUGUCCAUCCCAUCAUCAGAGAGCGAGGACAAUGUGCGGCUGCGUGGACGCAUCCAGCGGCGUUUCAAACGGUCUGGUCACGGCAAACGUUUACUCACAGAGCCCACACACAAUGGUGGAAAAGAGCUGGAUGGCAAUGACCUGCUCUCCUAUUGGCCAGCGCUGGAAGGCUGCGAGGCACACUCACUUCAGAAAUGGGGCUCAGAGCGCCGCCUAGGGGGCGACUACAACAAGGACGCAGCUAAUAACAACCAGCCAGAUGCAGCGCUGACCAGCGGAGAUGAGAACGGACUCACACACAGACACCGCAAGG